CCAAAACUAAUGAAAAAUCUUCAUUAAACUUCAUUAAAACAACAAAAAUAUUCUAAAUCAGUAAAAUAUUGAGCGAAUUAAUAAAUAGUGAGCAUUAAGUAAAUAAUUUAAGGAAAGAAAGUGAGAAAAUAUAAAAAUCUUACUUUAAAAACAGCAAAAUCGUCUCAAAAACGAACUAAUUUUUAUCCCAAGUAAUAAAAACGAGCAGAACCAGUGGUUAGAAAACUAAAGUGGUUCCAAACAGUCAAAAAGGAAAAGAAAAAGGAACGAAUGCGAUUUAUUGACUUGAAAUAUUAACUCUUUUAUUAAAAACUAAAACGCCAACCACACAAAAUCUGCGAACCUCCAACACAGUAAACGACAGUCAAAACACAGUGCAAGUGCAAGUGCAGUGGAGUAAAACGCAAGCGCCAACCUACUUGACGUGUAGGUUGAAAGCUCGGCGCACUGCCAGAAGAGACCGAGAAGAUAAACAGGAAAGAUGGAAGCCACCCCGAAAGUGCACCGUCAUCGACACCGACGCUCGGAUUCGCGUCAUCAUCGGCACGAGCGUCAGAGCCAAAAUAGCAGCAACAACAGCAACUCAAACAGUAAUAAUAGUAAUAGCAAUGGUAGCGCUGGCCAACAACAGCGAAGGCAGAGCAAUAAUCAUAGGACAACAACGACAGUGAUAGCGACGCAAGCACAAGCACAAGCCCAAGCACCAGUGCCAUCCCCAACGACAACGGAUGCGAUAACAACAACGACCAGCACGACGACAAAUGUGACGCCAGUGUCGACGACAACGACGAUGUUGAACGACGCACAAGUGAUUGUGGAGUCACUGCAACAGUCGCCAACACAACAGCAAACGCACUCAAACGCAAUUCAAUCGCCAGUGCGUGAGCGUCGUGGUCAGGCGCGGACUAACAGAGCACAAAACGGUGCGCAAGGAUUAGCCGCAACCGCCGACACUACCGCCACCGGCGCAGCUGAUAUACACACCGAACUCACUGAGCUGGGUGACGAUGAGAUUAGAAGUGCGGAGGGAAUUUGCUCUAACAUAAUUGUCACCACGGUAAAUGAAAGACGUUCCCACUCCCAAGACACGCUGGAUCCGUUGGGCACGACGUCUUUAAGUCAGUCGACAACCUCACAACAAACGGUUUUGCUUGUAAAUGGACACUCGCCGCCACCACAGGAUGGAGAUGAAGAUGAGCAUGAAGUUGGUGUGCAGGAUGCUGGUGGCAACAAUGCUCAUGCAGAAACUGGCGUUGUGUCGUUGAAAGAAGAGGGUGCCACGCAAUUGGAGUCCCCUACAGCGCCCAAUGCGAAUGGUGCUGGCGGUGGAGGCGGCGGCGGUGGUAGUAGUCGCAAUUCCUCCGGCGACGCAUUGAGCUUACGUGAAACGCUGCAACAGCUACCACCUACGAUUACCCACGGACACCGUCAUCGUCGUACACAUUCACCACAGUCUCCUGCGCGUCGUACCCAGGAGGUGGACGCCUCAUUUCAUCGCGGCAUAUUGGGUUUCAUGGAUCGUGAAUUGAAGCACAGCUCGCCGACACCAUCUGCGUUGAGUGUGGGUAGCGGUAGCGUAGCGAGUGGUGGAGGUGGUAGUGGCGGUGGUGGCGGCGCAGCUGGCGGUUGCGGUACAGUACGUAAAAUGCAAUCUCUAUCGGAUCCGCAGGCGAGUCCCGCCCAACGUUCGGUACGUUCACGCAGUAGCCUGGAGAAGAGUCCGCGUCGCAAGCGUAGCAAAUCGGAAUCGCGUAGGCGACGCGAACGUAAACUAAUCGCGGCUGGUGAGUUGGAAGUGCGACAGGCGAACGAGACGCUAAUGCGUUAUUUGAAGCAAUGUUCGGAGAUGAAUGACGCCUCGCUGUCGGGUGAGCUGGAAAUCGAUCAAAAUUAUGAUGAGCGACGAGUGCAUCGCAAGACGAAAUCGCAACGGGAUAAGCGUGGGCAUUUAAUAAGCAAACUUUACUCAGCUGGCGGUCUCUCUUCCAUCUUACGUGAGCUUUCCGAUGACAUUGUACCAGCGGAGGGUGAGGAAAUCUACAAUCCAUUCACACCGGUCGUCUCCCCCACCGAGGAUACGCCCGCACACAUUGAUAAAAUGUUCCUGCAGACGUCAUCGGGAUAUCGACCAGUUGAGCACUGCUAUUAUAAACAUUCAUUUGUGGGUGUUAGCGGUAUGGGUGGUGGCAGUGGUGGCGGUAGUGGCGGCUCAGGUGGCGCCGGUGGCAGUGGGCGCAGUGGCGCUGGUGGUCCUGGUAGUGGCAGUGGGGCUGGUGGUGUACAACGCUUGUCUGCCGCGGGCGGCAGCUUGGCUGGCGGUUUGGAACAUGCUGGCAUGUUGCGGGCGAGUAGCAGUUUUGGUGAUACGCGUUGUUUACUGGAUGCCGAGUGUGGAAGGCAUCGUCAUGAGAUCACAACUAAUAUACAGUUGGCCUGCGCUGUUCAACGAAUUUGGUUACUCAUCUCGAAUAUCUGCCACGGUUUGCUAGCUGGUCUAGCUCUGGCACAUUUAUUAUUCGUUUUGAGUAGUCAUCCGAUGGAUUGGUCGCGUAUACUCAGUCUUGCGGGCGAGACUAUUGCGAAAGAUGUGAAGCAAGCAGGAGCAGCAGCAGAGUCAGCAGUUGUGGCGGCCACCACAGUUGCAACGUCAGUGGUAGACGGUGGAGGUGGUGGUGGUGGCGCUGGUGUGGAAGCAAUAUUAAGUGACACGCAGUCAUCGUUUAGCUUCGUAGAGGAUUAUGCAACAUUCGCUAAAAUCUAUCUGAACACAUUCUAUUGUCUGGCAAUUGUGUGUAUGGUUUCGGUUUUUGAUCGCAUGGACAUCUGCCGUUGGGACUUCAGCAAUGCCACCGAAUUGGUUUCGUUUCGUUGGUUAAUUAUUGCAAUGAUCUAUAUAGCGACAAUAAUAUUAACGAUCUGUUCCGAUUCAUUAGAUGAACGACUCUAUUAUAGCAGCAAUGCGAAUGUGACGCUAACACAAGAAGAAAUGUACAGCAACACCGUAUUGAGCGUAUGGAGUAGUUUAUCUGUGACGCGUAGCAUUGGCGCCAUCUGUGGUUGGAUUAUGAUCGGCCUUACGCCGCAUGAAGAUCUACUCUACGAGCAUUUGUUAGAUCUAACCAAAUACCAAGUGACAAAUAAUUGAAUGUGAAAUGUGUGGUGUAGGAGCGCAAAGGAAAGGCAAUAAAAUAAAAAAACCAAAGAAAAUAGUUAAUUAACAUAAAUAAAUUGUACAGUUUGUUUAAAAUAGUGGCAAAACUCUUCAUGCAAAUUUUACAUAUAAAUUGUGGAAAAAUGCGUAAAAGGAAAAAAUUUGAAGGAAGUUAUAAAUGAUUGUAAUAUGAAAAUAUAUACUAAAAAAUGUAUAUAUAUACAAAUAUAUAGAUAAUAUAUGAUAAAAU